GUCUAAAACUGUACGUCAGGGUAAGGAACUAUCAUCUGUUGGCUUCACGUGGGAUUCCGUCCUGCUAUUUUUUCCUUUGUUUCUCUUCUGAGUUUGCCACGCUUCUCUUUUCUCUUUUUCUCUUUCUCUUUGGUAAGUCCAAAAAGUGUUUCGAAAGUCAUCUGCUCUGCUAAUUUGACUAUAAGUCCCUGAAAAGUGGGUUUAAACGCAAAUACACACACACACACACGAGUAAGGCAUUCACGAUGACGUCCGUGUACAACUUCAAGACGAUCACCGUCGUCCCGUCCUACAAGGACUUCAUGGACAUCGUCCUCUCCAAAACGCAGCGCAAGACCCCCACCAUCGUGCACCGUGGCUAUCACAUCUCGCGUAUUCGCCAGUUCUACAUGCGCAAGGUGAAGUUCACGCAGAAGACCAUCAACGAGAAGCUCACCUACAUCCUGCAGGAGUUCCCCCGCAUGGACGACAUUCACCCCUUCUACGGUGAUUUGAUGCACGUGCUGUACGACCGCGACCACUACAAGGUGGCGCUGGGCCAGGUCGGUGCGGUGCGCCACAUGGUGGACAACAUCGGCCGCGACUACGUCCGUCUGCUCAAGUACGGUGACUCUUUGUACCGCUGCAAGCAGCUGAAGCGUGCCGCGCUGGGCCGCAUGGCGACCGCCUGCAAAAAACUCAACAGCGCCCUGGCCUACCUGGAGAAGGUUCGCCAGCACAUGUCUCGUCUCCCUUCCAUCGACCCCAACGCGCGCACCCUGCUCGUGACUGGCUUCCCGAACGUAGGUAAGUCGAGCUUCAUGAAUAAGGUGACCCGUGCGGAUGUGGAGGUGCAGCCGUAUGCUUUCACCACCAAGUCCCUCUUUGUGGGCCACACCGACUACAAGUACGCCACCUGGCAGGUCAUCGAUACGCCCGGUAUUUUAGACCACUCACUGGAGGAGCGCAACGUGAUUGAGAUGCAGGCCAUCACCGCGCUGGCCCAUCUGCGCGCGUGCAUUCUCUUCUUCAUGGACCUGAGCGGGCAGUGCGGCUACUCCAUCGAGCAGCAGGUCUCCCUCUUCAAGUCGGUCGGCCCCCUCUUCACCGGCAAGCCGGUCGUUGUCGUCUUCAACAAGUGCGAUGUGUGCACCAUUGAUGACGUCUCGCCGGCGGAGCAGGAGCUGAUCAUGGACGCCAUCCAGGAGGCGGACGCGAAAUGGAUUACGACUAGCACGCUGACGGACGUCGGCGUCGGUGACUUGAAGACGGUGGCCUGCGACGUGCUGCUCGCCCACCGCUCCGAGCAGAAGGAGGGCUCUGGCCGCUACCAGGCCAUCCAGAACCGCCUUUACUGCGCCACCCCGCAGCAGCGGGACGAGCUGGAGCGGCUGCCCUACGUGCCGGCGUCAGUGCUGCAUGAGCGCGCCACCGGCGAGCCGCCGAAGCAGCGCCGCAAGACGGAGCGCGAUUACGAGUGGGAGAACGGCGGUCCCGGCCAGUACCAGACCAACGAACGCAAGACGUGGGACCUCGAGGACCCGUCGUGGGUGGAUGAUGUCAUUCCCCAAAUCAUGGAUGGCCACAACAUCUACGACAACAUCGACCCCGACAUCCACCAGCGCCUGAUGGAGCUGGAGGCGGAGGAGGAGGCGCGGCUGGAGGAGCUGGAGCUGGAGGCGUCGCGCAAGCCCGCCACGCACACCCUCGACGACGACACCCUUGAGGCAGUCAAGUUCAUCAAGGACAAGGUAAAGGUGCUGAAGAUGGAGCGCGCGAUGAAGAAUCCGGCGAUUCGCCGCACGCACAGCCAGGCCGCUGCCAUCGACAGGUUCAACAAGCGCACAGGUAGCCAGGACACCCGCUCCAAGUCCAUCGCGGACGGCAGCGGCGAGGUGGCCACGACGCGCAAGCGUGGCCGCUCCAUGUCCGUCGCCCAGGAGGCGCUCCUCCGCGACCGCUCUGGCUCGGCCCACGUUAGUACCAAAUCCACGCGUAGCAUCAGCGCGAGCUCCGCCAAUCGCGAGCGCAGCCUUAGCGUCAACCGCGGUGAUGGCUUCCGCGACGUGAACGAGAAGCUGCGCGCUGUGAAGCUGAGCAAGGUGAAGCUGCGGCCGCUUGCCCGGCAGGCUCGCAAGGGCGAGGGCGACCACCACAUACCGAACCUGCGCCCGAAGCACUUGUUUACGGGCAAGGUGAAGAGCAAUGGUGCUCGUAACCGGCGUUAA